GAGCCGUAUUGAACAAGUUCAGCCGAAUAGACACUUGAAGCAGGUUUUUUCCCUUUAUCUGUCGAGUGAUCGCGAAGGGUGACCUCCUUGUGGACCUCCUGACCGCUUUUACAAACUCUUCCCUCUGACUUUUGUCCCAUAGUUUUCUGUUUUCUCCGAUUCUCACUAAUAGGGACGCGAGCUGGUUCCUCGCAUCGCUCACCCUGACGUAGGUGUCGGAGGGUUCGCGCUCUAGCCACUUGGCGUCGAUCAUAGCGGCGCGUCGAAAAUCAGCAGCCGUAUGUCGCAGCCGUGUUUCGAAGUUUCAUUAAAAUUUCUAAAAAUGAAAAUGUUGGAAUGGAAUAUUCUGAUAAUCGAAGACAAGGGAUUUUCUAAAAAGUCGAAAUCAUUUUGCACCAUGGACACGGACUCGAUGUUAGGGACGAUGCUGGCGAUGGGGUUUCCUAAAAACAGGGCGCAAAGAGCUCUGUCCGCUACGAGCAGUAUUGAAAAUGCCAUUUCCUGGCUGGACGAGCAUCGAGACGACCCGGAUAUUGACGAGCCGAUGGCUGCGGACGAGGCGAGCGCGCCGGGCGAAGAGGGGUCACCCAUGACCAAGGAGCAGAUCGACGCCUCGAUUUCGAAACUGAGGGCCCAGGCGCUGGAGAAGAGGAAGGAGAGAGAAGAGCAAGCUAGGGCCCAGGAGUUUCAGAGGGAGAAGGAGCGCAGAGAGGCGGCGCAGAAGGCGAAGCGAACCCUGGACGAGCAGAGGACGCUCAAGGAGAAGUUGGAGAUGGAAAAGGCGGCGGAGCAAAAGAGACAGGACAAGUUGUAUUUGGAGAGGUUGAGAAGACAAAUCAAGGAGGACAGAGAGGAAAGACUGAUCCGCAGUGGCAAGGUGCCGGUCUCGCAAUCUAGCGACGCGUCCGCGAUUCGCGAGACUGCCGCUGCCAGAAGGGUGGGCGAGUCCAAAAAUAACACAGAAAAGUAUGAAUAA